AUGCAGGAUUCUCAAUAUCAACAGUUGCCCCAAGUGAAAGCGAUCGCCGCCGCCAUCCCGAAGAGUGUGGAGGAGCUGUCUCUGGGCUUCUCCGGCAUGAAGAUGGGUCCAUCGGGCGCAGCCAUGUUGGCGGCAGCUUUUCCUCCGCAGGUCCGAAAGUUGACGCUGGACCUCCUGGGGAACCGCAUCGGUGACGAGGGCGUGGAGUCCAUCUCAAAGGCAUUGCCUAAGUCAGUGGAGCACCUCCACAUCGUGCUAACGGAGAACGACCUGAGCAAGAGGGGCUUCUUCAUGAUCGACCGGCAGAUCGGUGACCCCCUGCACCAGAGACAUCUGCCGAAGCUCCUGCCGCAGAAUUUCGCCAAGGGCGGAGAGCCCGAGUUCUCCGAGUUCCGGGAGGCGCCGGACGGGACGCAAGUGACGCAAAUUGAGUGGCACCGAGCCAUGUGA